AUGACCCUUUAGAAAGUUUGGAAGUUACCUACCUCUACUACCUCCCUUGCUAAUUAGUGCCGUUUUGUGAUCUCUUUACUUUUUCAAUUUCCAUUUGGGACUUCGUUUUUCUUAAACAUCUUCAAUUCUCAUGGCUCUGCAGCUACCAUCAUCUUCCUCGUCUACCCGUGGAUUGAACUACGAUAUCUUCCUCAGCUGCGGGACUGAAGAUACCCUUUUUUUCACUAGCCUUCUCUUCGAAGCUCUUUGCGACAGGGGAAUCCGCACAUUCACUGAUCUUGAGGUGGUCGACGAAAUCACACCAGCACUUGAGGAGGCAAUUCAAACCUCCAGAAUUGCUAUCGUUGUUCUCUCUAAGAACUAUGCAUCAUCUUCGUUUUGCUUAGAUAAGCUUUCCAAGAUCCUUGACCACUUCAGGGACAAACUUCACCCGGUUUUUUAUCAAGUGGAUCCCGAUGAUGUGCAAAUGCUGAGAGGAACUGAUGAUAGAGUGAAGAAAUGGACGAUUUCUCUGCAGCAAGUUGCUAACUUGCCCGGUUGGCAAUGUGGUGAACUCGGGAUUGAAUGUUAUGAAAAGAUGUUUAUUUGGAAGAUAGUUGAAGAGGUUUUCAACAAGAUUAAAUACGUCCUUUUAGAUGUUGCAGACAACCCUGUUGGAUUGGAGUCCCGAGUGCAAGAAGUAAUCAAGCUUUUAGACCUUGAGUCUGAUGGUGGAGUCCAAAUGGUAGGUAUCGUUGGAAUUGGGGGAAUAGGAAAAACAACACUUGUUCGGGCAGUUCAUAAUUUGAUAGCUGGCCAAUUUGAAGUUGUGUGUUUUCUUCACAAUGUGAGAGAAAUACAAAUUAAAUAUGGAUUAAAACACCUCCAAGACAGACUUCUUUAUCAUAGACAUGGAGAGGAUUAUCAUGAGGAAGGUAUUAAGCUUACAUGUUCGUCGGAACGAAUUGCAGAAGUAAGACAUAGGCUUUGUCGAAAGAAGGUUAUAUUGAUUGUAGAUGAUGUUGACAAAUUGGAGCAGUUGCAGGCUGUGGCUGGAAGUCCUAAUUGGUUCGGUCCUGGUAGUAGAGUUAUCAUUACCAGUCGAAACAAAAAUUUGCUAGUAAGUCAUGGGAUUGAAAGAAUAUAUGAAGUGAGUGAGUUAAAUGAUGAAGAAGCCCUUGAUUUGUUGACCUAUAGUGCUUUCAAGAAUAAAAUAGCCCCUUCAGAGUUCAAGGAGGUCCUAAUUGAUUCAGUAACUUUAGCGUCAGGUCUUCCAUUGUCAUCCAAGGUAAUAGGUUCCACGUUAUAUAGUAGAAAUGUGGGAUACUGGAAAUCUUACUUAAAACGUGGUAAAUGGGUUCCUGAUGAAAAAAUCCAAAAAACACUAGAAGUAAGCUUAGAUGGUUUGGAGACUAUGGAGAAAUGUGUUUUUCUUGACAUUGCUUGUUGCUUCAAAGGGUAUUCCCUAGUCGAGGUUCAAUAUAUACUCUGUGCCCAUUAUGGUUACUGCGCGACAGAUUACAUUAGUGCAUUGGUUCGUCAAUCUCUCAUAAACAUUAGUUCAAGUGGUGAGCUAACAUUACAUGACUUGAUGCGGAAUAUGGGUAAACAAAUUGAUCGACGAAAAUCACCUGGCAGUAGGUUAUGGAUCCUUGAAGAAAUACUUCAUGUUUUCAAAUAUAGUUAUUUCACGAUAACAGAUAAAAUUGAAAUCAUAUUCUUGGAUUUAUCCUCAACUGAAGAAGGAAAAAUAUACUGGGAUGGAGAGGGCUUCAAAAACAUGGGAAACCUCAAGACACUUAUUAUUAAAAAUGCUCAUUUUUCUCAAGCUCCGAGACAUCUUCCAAGUAGUUUGAGAGUAUUGGAAUGGCAGAGAUAUCCUUCACAGUAUUUACCACCUAAUUUUCAUCCUGAGAAUCUUGCCAUAUGUAAGUUACCCAAGCGUUGCUUUGUGUCAUCUGAGAUAAGUGGCUUAUUGAAUAAGAAGCCUAUGAAUUUGGAUGAUUUGAGUUUUGACAAUGGUGAACAUUCAAAUGAGAUGCUUUAUGUAUCUUGUCUGCCAAAGUCAGAAGAAAUUAGUGUUAUGGUCUCAUAUUAAACCAAAAUUUGGGUGCAAUGCAAGUGCACAGUAAGAUGCAAAUUCAGGGUAGUCAGUUGUCUUUUUGUGCACCUCCAGAAAGGAAAAUUGAAUCAAGUGCCUAUUUGUCAAGUUGGACUUGUAACAUUGGUGAUGAUUGCAUGAGUGAAUCCAUCUUGUUGCUGUUCCGUCUUUUGUUAGGAAAUUAAUGAUGGAAGAACAUUCAUUUAAGUAACAUACAUUUUAAUAUGAUGUUAUCAAUCCUAUCCUUUGUUGUUAUCUAAUUUGUAUGAUUCAUUGUCUUUUCAAAAUGAUAAAGAAAAAUCAAUUUUAUGA